ACGAGCAGCCAGUGUAGUGUCUUUUUGCUUAUGGGAGAAACAUGGCGGAUCGACUCACGCAGCUGCAGGACGCCGUGAACUCGCUUGCAGAUCAGUUUUGUAAUGCCAUUGGAGUGUUGCAGCAGUGUGGUCCUCCUGCCUCUUUUAGUAAUAUUCAGACAGCAAUUAACAAAGAUCAGCCUGCUAAUCCUACAGAAGAAUAUGCCCAGCUUUUUGCCGCACUGAUUGCACGAACAGCAAAAGACAUUGAUGUUUUGAUAGAUUCCUUGCCAAGUGAAGAAUCUACAGCUGCAUUACAGGCUGCUAGCUUGUAUAAGCUAGAAGAAGAAAACCACGAAGCUGCUACAUGUCUGGAGGAUGUUGUUUAUCGAGGGGACAUGCUUCUGGAAAAGAUACAAAGUGCACUUGCUGACAUUGCGCAGUCACAGCUGAAGACAAGAAGUGGUACCCAUAGCCAGUCUCUUCCAGACUCAUAGUACCCAUAUAUACCAUGUGGCUGAGAAAAGAACUGUUUCAAUGCCAUUAAGAAUUCUGCAUCAGAUUCAGAUGUAAGCCUUACCAACAGUUACUGAAAAUUAAGCACUAUAACACGUUAUCUUUUUAGCUAUUUUUAAUAGUCUUCUAUUUUCACUCUUGAUAAAUUAGCUUGUAAAAUUGUGAUUGAACCAGCUUUAAACUAUCAUUAUACCAUCAUUUUUUAUUAUCUGAAUGAAAUUGAGGCAGCUAUUGCAUUAAUGUUUAUA